AUGCCACUACAAUACGAGCCCGACUUCCAAAAGGCCAUAGCUCCUUUGCUGGCUGCGAAGGCUAAGGCUCCCAAAAUUGACAUGGCCGACCCUCUUGCUAUUCGUUCUACCAUGAGUUCCUCUUUCGAGGGAUUGAUGAAGAUGCUCCCUGAUGUCCCCGAGGUUGAGCACGAGAUCCACCACCUUACAUCGUACGAUGGACAAUCCGUUCCAAUUCAUCGCUACUGCAGAAUCGAUCAAGACACAACAACACCAGGACCAGUGAUCCUUCACGUACAUGGUGGCGGUUUGAUUUUCGGUAGCCCUGAAACAUUCACAAAGUGGCAAGCUUCGCUAGCCCGCGAUUCAGGUGUCCAAGUCUUCUCGAUUGACUAUCGAUUGGCCCCUGAGCAUCCAUUCCCAACACCCGUGGAGGACUGCUACUCUGCGCUGCCCUGGUUGCAAGAGAACGCCCAAAGGUUCUCCAUCGACCCAAGUCGCAUAAUCACAUUGGGCGAGAGUGCAGGAGGAAAUCUCAUAGCUGCAAUCAAUCUAAUGGCUCGCGAUCGUGGGCUCUCACCUCCCAUCGCAAAGCAGAUGCUAGUGUACCCCAUGCUCGACGACCGAACUGUCAAUCCUGUCCCUGCUCUGGAUGGUCUUCUGACAUGGACACCAGAAGCAAGCGUUACCGCUUGGUCGGCUUAUCUGGGGUCAGACUAUGGGACCGAUCGGGUGUCGCAGUAUGCUGCUCCAGCUCGUGCGACUAGCGUCAAAGGGCUGCCCCCUACUUACAUGGAACUGGGCACCUGGGAUAUUUUCCGCGAUGAGGACCUGGAGUACCUGGCACGUAUCGCCAAAGAGAACAUUGAGACAGAGCUUCAUCUUUAUCCUGCUCUUCCCCACGGAUAUGAUCUGUUUGUUCCCUUUGGAAAGGCAGCAGCGAAGGCCAGUACUGACAGACUUGCUGCCAUUGCCAGUGUAUGA